AUGACGUGGGAAGCAGCGCGGAGCGCCGCGCUGCGCCUGCUUGCGACGGCACUGCCAGACGCGGCGGACGCACAGCCGUAUGCUGGCCAGGAGUGUAUCGGCCUCGAGGAGCCGUGGGCGCAGCUUUACGCGUUGCUCCACGGCACGGUCGACGCCCAGGAAGGAAAUAGCUGCCUCGUGCUUGGCGAGCAUGGGUGUGGAAAGAGCUUGGUACGUCGUCGUGCUCACCAGAUUGUGCAAUCCGUGUUCCGGCGCGUGCGUAAAGAGUGUGUAGACCGUGGCGCGCCGCCGCCGCUGCUCGUGUCGCUUUCAGGCCUGCUGCACCCGACGGACCGGCAGUGCCUUGCCGAGCUCGCAAAGCAACUCAUGGAGCAAGGGGCGCUGGGCCAGCAAGAGACCUCGGCACUCGACUCGAUGCUCGCAGAAGAUAUGGCCGACGCGGACGGCAUGGACCUGCCCGAGCUCGACAGUGCCGUCGUCCUCUCGGACGACGACGAGCCGCGGCCUGAGCCGGUCGUCGAGAGCGGCCCCAGCGAGGCGGUCGCCAACGCGAUCCUGUCGACCAUGGCAACGACACUGUCUCAUAUCCUUACGCUCCUGUCCCGCACGCCGCACGAUACCCAGCAGCUGCAGCGGCCGCUCGUGAUCCUUUUGGACGGCUUUGAGCAGUUUGCACAGCGGCCGCGGCAGGCGCUGCUGUACUGCCUGCUUGAUGCGGUGCAGGCCGGCAGCUACGGCCCCGGCCUCGCGGUCGUCGGCAUGACGACGCGUGUCGAUGCAAGUGACGCGCUCGAAAAGCGUGUCAAGAGCCGAUUCUCGCACCGCAUCGUGCAUGUGCAUCCCCCGUCGAUGGACCAGUAUGUGCUGAUUGCGCGCACGGCGCUGCGCGGUGGAUACGGGCCCCCGCGCGACGCGGCAUGGGCAGAAAACGUCGAGCGCCUCGUCCAAGACCCCAAGUUUCGUGCGUUUCUCCAGGGCAUGCACGAGCUGUCGCAGGACGUGCGCCUCUUGUACCAGGCCAUGACGAUCCCUGUUGCGGCCGCUGACGCCCCUGCUCUCUCCCCGGACGCGUUCCUCGCCUCGGCCACGUCGCAGCGCCGCGACACACAGACCGCGCAGCUCCUCGAGCUGACCGAGCCGGAAAUGGCCGUGCUCAUCGCCGCGCGGCACCUGCAGCUGCGCGACAAGGAGCCGUUCACGCUCGAAAUGUGCUUCCACGAGCUGCGCCAAUUUGUGCAGCGUGUCCAGCGCGAUCUGACCAGUGCCUCGACACAGAACAAGCACUCGGUCGUGAUGGUCGGCCUCGAGGCGCUGGCCGCGCGCGAGCCGAUCCUCCAAGCGUUUACGACACUCCUUGCACUCGAGCUCUUGGUGCCCGAGCCCGCGCGCCUCUCGCUCGCUCUGCCGGCCGGCGCAGCGACACGCACCGGCCCGGCGACGAAUGCGUACGGCACGCUGCCGAGCGCGACCGUCAUUCCCGAGUUUCUACCUGUAUCUACCGCCGUGUCGGGCCGCGCGAUCCUCUCAGCCGCCACGGAUCCAAGGCGCACCGAGGCACUGAGCUCGGUGCUGGUCAAGUGGGCCGAGUCGACCGGCGUCUAA